AUGGCUUCACUCCGCUGUCGGCGAGACCCGUGUGGUUGUAUCUGCCUAAUUCUCACUUAUUUCAGCGUGUUCUACGCUGACUACGUGGUUAUCCAAUAUGUUCUAAUACCUGCAUACUCCGGAAGUUUCUGGUGUACGCUGCAUGGGUCUGUAUUCAACAUCAUCCUGUUGCUGCUCCUGGCUUGUCACUCAAAGGCAGUCUUCUCUGACCCAGGUAUGGUUCCCCUGCCGGAGACAGCCAUCGAUUUCUCAGAUUUGAGGUCCCAGUCCAACCGCAUGAAUGACAGGGGCUGUGAAGGUUGGACUGUCUGCAGUCGCUGCGAGACUUAUCGACCCCCUCGUGCUCACCACUGCAGAGUGUGUCAGCGUUGUAUCAGACGCAUGGAUCACCACUGCCCCUGGAUCAAUAACUGUGUCGGUGAGCUCAAUCAGAAAUAUUUCAUCCAGUUUCUCUUCUACACAGGCAUGGCCAGUCUGUACUCCAUGGCUCUGGUGGUGUCAGCCUGGGUGUGGAGGAUACGGAGUGAGAGAGAGGGGGGUGGAGGAGGAGGUGAAGGAGGAGAGGAGGCUCCCAGCAAGCAUCUGAUAGUGGCUCACUACAUCAUUCUGUUGGUCGAGUCAGUUCUGUUUGGUGUUUUUGUCAUGGUGAUAUUUUAUGACCAGCUUGUGUCCAUUAUAACAGAUGAAACACCCAUUGAGCAGAUGAGAAACAGACUGAUGAAGGACAGAACUAACAAUAGCCAGCCAACACACACCACACACACCCGCAAACCCAAACUUGCGCUUUUGAGGGAGGUCUUUGGAAGAGGCUCUGUGAUAUGCUGGCUCUUCCCUCUUCACUCUGCCCCUCCCUCCGUCGGAGGCAUCAGUUACUCUGCUCUCCCUGAUUACGAUGUGUAAUAACAGUUAACAUUACAUCAUCGCCAAGGUUACAU